AUGAAUGAGCAGAUAGAAGAGAUACUUCGCGGCGCGUAUGACCUCCAUGUGCAUGCUGCGCCGGACGGCAAACAGCAGCGCCGAAUGGACGCGCUCGAAGUCGCCCGCUGCGCCUACGAAGCCGAGAUGGGCGGAUUUGUGCUCAAGUCCCAUGACUACAACACCGCGCCUUUGACCUAUGCGCUCAACCAGAUGUAUCCGGGUCUGAGCGUCUUCGGCGCCAUCGCCCUCAACCGCUCAGUCGGCGGGAUCAAUCCCGACGCCGUACAGGUUGCCGCCGACUUGGGCGCGCAGGUCGUGUGGAUGCCCACAUUCACUGCCGACUUCCGGCAGCGAGGGCGGGAUAGUGAAGGCAUUCGCGUGGCGGAUGACGACGGCAAUCUCUGCGACGGCGUUCAUGAAGUGCUGGAGAUCAUCGCCGCCGCCGAUAUGACGCUCGCAUCAGGACACAUCUCCCCGGCGGAAGCAAUCGCGCUUUUCAAGGCCGCGCGCGCUCAGGGCGUUCAGCGCAUGAUUGCCACGCACCCCGAUGGCGUUGCAACGCUGGAAGAGCAGCAGAAGAUGAUUGCGCUUGGCGCGUACGCGGAGUACACAUUUCUAGCCUGCAUGCCGUCGCGCGCGCGCCGAACGCCGCAGCAGUUCGUUGAGAUGAUCCGCAGUCUCGGCGUGGGUAACUGCAUUGUUACGACCGACUUCGGCCAGUGGCAGAAUCCACCUCCCGCCGAAGGCAUGCGCAUGGCAAUCGCCGCCCUGCUAGAUGCGGGCAUGACCUCCGAUGAGGUGACCACCCUGGUGAAGGGAAAUACUGCUCAGUUGGUUGGGGCGGGUUAG